AAGCUGUUUGCUCGGAUGUUAGACUCUGGGAUCACGUUGGGCGUCUCUCUUCCCUGUUGCAACACACAGUGUGGUGCCAACAACAUGCCCAAGCAGGUGGAAGUGCGAAUGCACGACAGCCACCUCAGCGCAGAGGAGCCCAGGCACCGGCAUCUGGGGCUGCGCUUGUGUGACAAGCUGAGGAAGAAUCUCCUGCUCACGCUGACCGUGUUUGGUGUUGUCCUGGGGGCAGUGUGUGGAGGGCUUCUCCGCCUGGCAUCUCCCAUCCACCCAGAUGUGGUGAUGUUAAUAGCCUUCCCGGGGGAUAUCCUCAUGAGGAUGCUGAAAAUGCUCAUUCUGCCUCUAAUCAUCUCCAGUUUAAUCACAGGUUUGUCGGGCCUGGAUGCUAAGGCGAGUGGGCGCUUAGGCACGAGAGCCAUGGUGUAUUACAUGUCCACGACCAUUAUCGCCGCGGUGCUGGGCGUCAUCCUGGUCUUGGCCAUCCACCCAGGGAACCCCAAACUCAAGAAGCAGCUGGGGCCUGGGAAGAAGAACGAUGAAGUGUCCAGCCUGGAUGCCUUCCUAGACCUUAUUCGAAACCUCUUCCCCGAAAACCUGGUCCAAGCCUGUUUUCAACAGAUUCAAACAGUGACGAAGAAAGUCCUCGUGGCGCCUCCAGCAGAUGAAGAGGGCAAUGCCACCAAUGCUGUCAUCUCCCUGUUGAACGAGACGGUGACAGAGACACCUGAGGAAACAAACGUGGUUAUCAAGAAGGGCCUGGAGUUCAAGGACGGCAUGAAUGUCUUAGGUCUGAUAGGAUUUUUCAUUGCUUUUGGCAUCGCCAUGGGGAAGAUGGGUGAGCAGGCCAAGCUGAUGGUGGAAUUCUUCAACAUCUUGAAUGAGAUCGUCAUGAAGUUAGUGAUCAUGAUCAUGUGGUACUCUCCCCUGGGUAUCGCCUGCCUAAUUUGUGGGAAGAUCAUUGCAAUCAAGGACUUAGAAGUGGUUGCUAGGCAACUGGGGAUGUACAUGGUCACGGUGAUUGUGGGCCUCAUCAUCCAUGGGGGCAUCUUUCUCCCCUUGAUUUACUUUCUAGUGACCAGGAAAAACCCUUUCUCCUUUUUUGCUGGCAUUUUCCAAGCUUGGAUCACUGCCCUGGGUACUGCUUCCAGUGCCGGAACUUUGCCUGUCACCUUCCGUUGCCUGGAAGAAAAUCUAGGGAUUGAUAAGCGCGUGACCAGAUUUGUCCUCCCAGUCGGAGCAACCAUUAACAUGGACGGCACGGCCCUGUAUGAAGCGGUGGCCGCCAUCUUUAUUGCCCAAAUGAACGGGGUUGUCCUGGAUGGAGGCCAGAUUGUGACCGUGAGCCUCACUGCCACGCUGGCGAGCGUCGGCGCCGCCAGUAUCCCCAGUGCUGGGCUGGUCACCAUGCUCCUCAUUCUGACGGCUGUGGGCCUGCCAACAGAGGACAUCAGCCUGCUGGUGGCUGUGGACUGGCUGCUGGACAGGAUGAGAACUUCAGUCAAUGUUGUGGGUGACUCUUUCGGGGCCGGGAUUGUCUAUCACCUCUCCAAGUCUGAGCUGGAUACCAUUGACUCCCAGCACCGAAUGCAUGAAGAUAUUGAAAUGACCAAGACUCAGUCCAUUUAUGAUGACAUGAAGAACCACAGGGAAAGCAAUUCUAGUCAAUGUGUCUAUGCUGCACACAACUCUGUCAUAGUAGAUGAGUGCAAGGUAACUCUGGCAGCCAAUGGAAAGUCAGCGGACUGCAGUGUUGAGGACGAACCUUGGAAACAGGAAAAAUAAGGAUCGGCAAAUUCUUGAACAAACACCCCAGUAUAUCUUAUGGUAAAAGAGGAUACAAACAAGCUUUCUCUAAAAUGGAAAAAAACGCAUAUAUUUCUACGUUUACUUAAUCUGUUAGCUGAGGCUUAGAGGACCUAUUGUGGGUCGGUGGUAGGCAGGGUGCUGUGUCUUUGCCAAAUGAUGCUUCGUAACUGUCUAAUUUCUCACCGUAUUUUUGUUGGACUGAUGCUGCUGGAGGGAUCGGUUUGAACUGAAGACGCGUUCUUGCCAGCUUCCCUUUCCCCUCAAGAUGCAGAAACGUGGCUGCUCUUUUCCCAGGGGACACAGCUAAAGCAGUGUGGUCCCCUCCAGGGACUUGGGCUAACGGACAGAUGCUCAGUGCGGUCUUCCUUCAAGCGUUCUCCAUGCCUUGCCUUGUCAUGCACAAAAGAUUCUGUUAGAAGCCUCUAGAAGUAAAUCGCAUUAAAUGUCUUGUAGAUUUUGCUCUUAUGUUGAUUAAAAGAAAGUAGCUGUCUUAGGGAACUUGGACAAUUUAUCUUCUGUCUACUCUUGAAGCUGAAUGUUUCAAAGAGCAUUGUGGUGGGAGCCACACUCUUAGAGGCAGCCAAUUAUGGAGCACUGAGUCUCUGCUCUUCCCCAUCUAGUCUAUGGAAACAACUGAAAUUCCAAAGUAUGCUUCAUCAUUUGCUCUAAAUUUGAUAAUGGGUUAGGAUGUAAUUGGCACAUAUCCACUGUAUAUAUUGACAAUAGUAAAGGGGCACAGUCAACGUAAACUUUAACCAGAUUCGAAUCUUCAGAUUUGGUUAGGUUUGGUUUGCAUCACGCGGCAUAGUGAAAUGGAGUGAGUGUUCGAUCUAUGCUUCAAUUUCUUUGUUUCAUCCAUCAAAUUCUUAUUUGGGUUUCCAACGAAAAAAGCCAUUUUAAUCCCCAAAUUAUUUCAGUCAUAUUCUUGUCAAACUAGAAGACUAAUCAUUUUGCUCUCCUCACAUGGGGAGGACAGUUGGGUUGACUGUGCUCCUUUUAGUACCAUCUCACGAUAAAAACGGGAACAGAAACGAAAUGCUCUUAGUUAUCUAGUAUGUAGAAAGUGUUUUGUUAUAUUCUAUCAAAGCACGUAACCCCGGUUCUAGGACACAGUGGAAGCAGAGCCGAUCUUCCUCCCCAGUCUUUUCUGUGCAAAGGAGCAAAGAACAAACAUGCGUGCAAAACGCUAUAAAGGUGACAUUCUGGUGGCACAGUCCAGGCAGCCUUGAACCAUGAAGGGGAACACAGGAUGACUCUACACAGCUUCACGGAUGGACUCUUUUCAAGGCUGUGAAAGUUUGGGGGAAAAAGUAAUAUAAUUGGAGCAGCGCAGUGCCUUGCAUCUCUAGGCACCCAAUGACUCCUGAAUGAUUGAUCAUGCAAGCUGAAAUUUUCAGUGUCCAUACUACCAUUUUCUGUUGAAUAACCCACAGUAUUUUCCUAAGGUUGCUGGCUUUGGGAGUUUCCUGAGGACUUGAACAUGAAUCAUUGGGAAGUAAAGCACAUUCAACCUCUAAGGAGUGUGUAGAACUUUGGUCCACAUGUGGGAGUAGGGUGGUCAUCCGAGGCCGGCAGGUGGACGCUGAGAUAUUCCUGAAUAGUCAGAGUCCAGAGUCUCUGAGGAGAGGGUAUUUAUGGACACCACAUACUCUUUAUUACCUACUCCUUGUGAUUUUUCUCUUCCAAAUCAGAUACUUUUAGAACAUGCAAGAGACAUGAGGUUCCAGUUGUUUUUGUGUCUUAAGCCCUAGUUUUAUUUUUGGAUAAGGAUCACUACUGAGCAAUAUUAAGCAGCUUUUUGCUUUUAUUAUUUAAUGGCAUUGGUCUUCCCUUUCAUUAGAUGGACAGUUGACAGAGUGGCCAAGGACAUGCUGACAUGUAGUAGUGGAAACUGCAUCCUUUACAGCAGAUGUUGUGGGUUAAGGGGACAGGUCCUGGAUUUAGCUGUGAAACUGUUAAGGAUUGUCUUGCAGUGGUGCUCCCAAGACCUUUGUUAUGGUGAGGAGAAGGAUGUAGGUGAGGCAUCUAGGAGCUUGUGGGUUUUGCUCUUUAAGGCCAGCUUAGCACCUGUACACACUAACACGUUUCUAGAAGGAGUGGUCUCAGGAUCAUCUUCCCAAGAAUCUGCCUGUAAGUCUUCCGUAUUUCCUUCGUCUUCCGCUUUUUCCCAGUUAUCCACUUAGCCUAUAAAUAUAUAAGGGGACAGUGCGUUCAGAAGGAACAAGGUGCACAGCUUUAACAAAGCAGGUGUUUUGAGUUGAGACUGUAUGCAAUAAGUUGCAUGAGAAUAUACUUAGGGAAAUCACAUUUAUCUGGAAAUUCAACAAAUCAUAUUAAAAAUAAACAAAUUUCUCAAAUUGAGGACUAGCCUGAAAAUUCAGGAUUAUAUAAAGCUAACGUGACUCUGUCCUCUGUUUUUUUUUAGGCCUCUUUCAUUCUUCUCAUGCCAUGCCCGUUGGGGUUUUCCUUCCCCAGCGUACGUGCCAUGAACAGAACAAAUAGAUGCAGAAUGUACCUCUAACAACCUUUUUCUAAACAGGAUAUGCAUCACCUGUCCGUUAUGUGUAGAGAUUUAUAUUAAUAGGUCCAACACAGAUAGGGAUGCUUGUAAUAGUCCAUUAAUAUUUGAUGAUGCACAAAUAUUAUAUUUAUAUACAGACGUGGCAGGCCAGAUAUAUACACUGCAUCCUGUAAGGUCUGUAAGUCACGGCUUCAGCAACACCAUUUUGUUGGAGACUCAUUCACUCUUUUUAGGAAUCAGAAUCAUUUCAGGAGAAAAUCAACUAAGUAGACUUUAAUCCUCCCCUUUCUCAUUUGUCCCUGUUGAGAAUCCCAAGAGGAAUUAUCCUGUGAUUACCUACUACAAUUCAGUGGCAGUCGGUGAGAGGAACGGCUUCUCUCUCGACGUGGGGCUUUACCUUGGCUCUUUGAGGAUGUGACUCCCACACAAAGAGCCUCAGAGAAUGAAGGCAAUCAUCUAGAUCACACGGCUUCCCAAUAUAGGACUUCAGGCGACGAGAUCUGAACCAAGUAGAUGUCAGAUUCCGUCCUUUACUUCCUAUCGGGUGUGGAAACACAGACAGUAGUCUCGCUGUCUACAGAAGUUACCACGUCCCGUAAAAGACAAAUAUUUACUUCUCCUCUCCAACUCCUGGUCAGCCUAAAGAAAGGGUGCCAAAAUGCCUAGCUCCUGGAUUUAGAUUGGUGGGAGCUGAGAAAAGCUUAGGGGAAAUUCAGUUAAUGGAGAUGACUCCUGGGAGGUAAUGACGGGAAACCCAACAACCAAUUGAUUAGAGAGUCUCAGGUCAUUUUCACUUGUGCAUGGAGAAGUAUGUCAUUUCUAAGUGUACCUAGUCAAGAAGUCCUGGAGGAGUUGGGUAACUCAUCUACUGGGUCCCCAAAAGGAAACCCAGUCCUGCCAUGAUUUUCAAAUAUCACACUUGCCUUUGUUCUCAACAGCAAAAAUUAUGGUACAGUAUUUCAUUUUUGACAGAAUCAAGGGUUCUAUCUGUGCUAUAUUUACACGUGAAAUACAGCAGUAAAUCCAAAUAGGGGCUCAUGCUCAGAGAGAAUUCUCCAUAACUCAGACUCUGGAUAAACAAGUCCCAGCAGCUCGUGCCUGGUUUAAUGAGUCAAAGCGCUCCGCAGUUACACCCACUGGAGGUGACUCUUCCCACUUUGCUGCUCUUAAGCUCCCGGGGCCAUGCAGUUGUCUGGGUUGCUGGUUUUGUUUUGCUUAUUCUCCAGAUGAAUUCAUUCCAAGCCAAGAGAAAGGACCAAGUGGGACUUUUCAGUUAUUGUAAGACCUGAUCUUUGAACAUUAAAGUCUGGGACCCUAAGAAGAUUAAGUUUAAGCAAAGAGCCUGAAGGAAUUCUGAAGUGAGAGUUUUGUAAAUCUAGUUGUCAGAGAAGAUUAAUGGUCUCAGUAUCUGUGGUAAUUCCUGGCUAAAACCUAGAAGAAGGGCCAUUGAGUUCCAACCCAGGCAGAAUGCACUGCAGUUGGAUUAUUCUCCUUGGGUGGAGUGGGUUCAAAGCUGCUCAUGCAACAUUUGCUUAUGAUUUUCCCUGAAGGAAAACCCAGUUUCCCACUCUUCCUCCUCCUGUCUUUUCAUUUCACUUGUCAUCAUUGCUGCUUAAAACACAAUUUAAUAAAUGAUCAUACGCAUUAUUUGCAAGGGUUAGUUUUAGACUAGAUGACAGAGAAUCUUAAUUGAAUAGUAUCUAAUUUAACAGCGUAACGCAGCAAAUUCAGGUAAUGGCAUAGAGAUGAGGAGAAAGAACGCAGUUGGCUAGAGGAAACAUUUGACUUAGACUCUGCCAAUCUUCAGCUACAGAGGUCACACAAGUCACUUUACACCCAAGCCCCAUUUCUUCCCAUAGGUCAAGUGAAAGUGUUGGAUUAAAUGAUUAAAAUCCCCUCCCAGCCCUAUUAUCUCUGCUUUAAUUUCUUUCAUAAGAGGUUUACUACUAUAAAAUUUUACUCAUUUAUGUUAUAUUUUAAGUCAGAAGGAGCCACCGUAACAAAUAUUUGCAUUUUUCUCAUCUUACUUGGCGGAAAUUAAAUUCAAGGCUUUCUCUCCAUUUGAUGUUUUGCAACAGGCUUGCAAGAUGGCCAUGUUAGUCUAUGGUUUGGUGUUUCGGGACACAAACAGACGUCCUUCUAUAAAACUACCCUUUGCCUAACUCACUGUCCCAGCAGAAGUAGCAAUUGAGCUCAGGCAACGAUGUUGCCAGAGUCACCGUGAGGGGACUAGUCGACUCUCAGCCUCACUCACGGCCUUGCAUCCUUCCUUCUGCGGCAACAGAGCCCACUCCGAAUGCCCAAAACACACAGUUUUCUCCAAACAGCCCUAACUGUCAGCCAAGUAUGGGAAUUCGGGAGUCUUUGGCCAAUAAACUUGAACACUCUUAUGAAAUUUGGUGCAAGGCUUACACAAUAACAGCAACUGUCUGUAAAUACCUUGUCUUUCCACCUAUACGCAGACACACACGCCCAUGCACACAGUGAGCCCGGGCCAGGGCCUCUCACUGGAGAGAUAUGCAGGGAUGUUGAUUGAAUUCAUUUUCAAGUUUUCCACCUGGUUUGCCUUUAUCGUGGGCAUGACGGCACAGGUAGAGAAGCUCUAUCUUACGAGAAUGGAGUUGUGCUGGCUAUCGUCACCCUCUUCAAUGCCCAAGGAGUUUCUAGGGUAGAUAAAAUGCAUGGUUUGUCUGCAAGGGGCAUGUCACCAGCCAUGGCCUUUGACCAACCUCUGGCACUUUCUGGUACUGCUGUAAUGGGCCACUACUUGCAUCCUUGCUCUUUGUCCGAACUUCUGCUAAAUACAGAAUAAGUUUGGUGUUGUGUUGUGAGCACCUUUAUUGCCAGUGAAGACUUCAGCGCUUUAGAUUGGAGGCGUGAAACGUAAAGCCAAGACUAAAAGGGUUAGGUUAGUGGCGGUUUUUUUGUUUAAAUUUUUAGUGCAGAAGACCCGAUGGAAUGGCAGCAAGAAAAAGACUAUUUCUUAACUGACCCAUAUAAGACCCUACCGAAGAGUAAGGGAAGCCCCCAACCUCUUGUUUCACUCUAAGUAAUAUCCUGAAUGAUUGCUGACCAGUUUUUUUCUCUGGCCAGCCUUGCUUCACCUUCCUACCUCCAGACCAAGUAUCUAUUUUGAUAUUUUAAAGAGUCCUCAUGAUUGUUAUGCAGGGUGCUUUUGUGCUGAGAAUAAAAUCUUCUACUGGAACUGAGCCCCCUGCUUUGCAGAGUCAGCACUUGACCCAGAGGAUGGGUAGCAACAGGUACCCGGUUCCUCUGGAGACACCCUCAUCUCUGGGUGGGUGUUGGAACAUAACAGUUGGACUGUUAGCCUGCCAUCAUCCUCCGUGGAGAUGGGGAUGAUGCAGGAGGAGCCUCCCUCCUUCUGGGGCUCCGUUUCUCCUCAUGGCAACCGUUUAGCCUGCCUAGAAACGGCCUGUUGCCUUGGGUAGGAGAGAAAUGCACAUGCUAGCUAAGGAAGUUGGUCUAACACAUCUCUGAGGUUUCUCCCCAUGGAGAUGUGUGAUCAGAAAGCUGGCACUCUGCUUGCUUAAAACUCCAUGAGAGUUAUUUUUCCUACUAGGCAUCCUUUAACAUCCAGAUUUUUCCAUAAAUUACCUGAACUCCCUCCUUUCCUCCUUCCCCUGGGAAACCUCAGCAUUGCAUCUCCACGUUGCACAGCACAGAUCAGGUUAUCUGGUCAAUAUAGAGAUUUGUAUAUAAAAAACUACUUUUGUGAGGAUUUUUGUAUACUGUUUUUCUAUUUGUUUUCUAAGGCUUGAGGAAAGAGCUGGCAAACUGUGAAUCUAAUUUGACCUUGCUGCCAGCAGAUAUAUUUUAGCUUCCUGGUAUGAAUCUACGUUACCGGGGACGAUAUAUUGCCCUUUGAUCAGUAUUGCACCCCAAAUUCACAAAUUCCUCCACCCAAUCUUCCAUUCUUUUUAAAACAAAUCCCUAGGCUCCUUUGCUAUUAUUUAUAAAGAGCAUGAGAAAAUGUAUUUAUAGUCCUGGAUAGUAUAUGUUUAAUAUUGAUUUAGCCUUUAAUAGUGGUAUAGGUUUGUAUCUAUUCUUCAUAAAUCAUAAAGAACUCAGUGUAGAGUGAAUUAAUCUAUUUAGUAUCUGUAAUUUUGCAGACAGAUAUUUUCUUAUGGUAUUUUCUAUAAAUCCACAUAUGUAGAAUUAUAACUAAUCAGAGCACAGGAAGUUUCUAUAGCAGUUUAGAACUAUCAGUUCUUCCCUGAGCAUACAGGCAUGUUCGAGAAAUUUAAGAACCCAGCCCUUCACGAUGCGCUGAACAAACUGACCGUAAGGAACAAGGCAUCGCUUAAAUCCCCUCGCUGGUUAGGAUGUGCGUUUAAGCAAUUAGUCCUUUUAACUCGAGGAAUGGUGCUGACUCCUUACUUUUGACAUCAGGCCUGUUUUUCCAGCUAAGCAUUCUAAUUUUGCUUUUUUGAAGAAGAAAAAUAAGGUGAUAACAGUGGGAUCCUUUCUGUCUCAGAAUCUCCCAUGCCUUCCUAAUUAUUUAUGUGAAAAUUGGGUCAGGAAAACCUGCAACAGCAGAGACUGGGGUGAGUGCUGUGAAACAAAUCAGAAUAGAUGUAUAAUUCAUUCUUGCCAAGAAAGUUGGUAGUAAAUGUCACAUCGUUAUGUGAAUUGAGCACAUAUUUUUAAGACAAAAAAAUCAUUAGUACCAGCUAUGAAGCAAUACUCUAUCACUGGGGCUGGAGGAGGGGCCUUAGGGUCACGCUGAAGUUGUUUAGAAGCAGCCCAGGUGGAUUCCGUCCUCAGGUGAAUAACAAUCUAUGUAAUUUUCCCAAAAGGCAAAUCAAUAGCCACUGCCGAGACAGCAGCCUUCCUUCCGCCAAACACACUUUCUGAUAUGGUUGUAGGGCUAGUGCUUUGUCAUGUUUUAAAAAAAUAGUCAGUUACAUAGAAAGCUUAUUGGUAUGUGUAUUAACCUGCUUCCCAUUAAGCAAACAGAUUCAAUGUGCCCUCAACUAGCAAUGAUUGUUUGUGUGGUUUUCCAGGGCAGAUAGCUGUCCGAGCAUGAAACUCGUGUGUGUACGCAGUAACACUUGGUUCACGCAUGAAGAACAGUGCCUACGCACUUGGUGUAGCUAUAAUGUAGAUACCUAUGUGUAAUUUCAGUGAAAUGGUGUAUAGCUGUAUUGUAAUUUAAUUUAAAUGUUAUUUUUGGCUGUUCAUUUAAAUGUAGUAGAUGUGUGGAUUGCCAUUUUGAAAACCCUUCUUUUCCUUCUUAGUUUCCUAGUAGUGAAUGCUUUCUCCUCUUUCUUAAUGUGAUUUGGGGUUGUAUAUCAGUGAAGAACUUAUCUAUGAAUCAUUUGUACUGAUGAUUGUUUGAAAGCCUGUGUGUGUCCAGCAUCUCUGUAAAUAUGCAAUUCAGGGCACGGGAAACUUGGAUGCGUGUCAUGAUUCUUAGUGAAAGGUCAUCGGCUGUCUGCAUCACGCCUGGCAAACGCAGCUGUGGAACUUUUGAUGAUCUAGCCUUAGGUAGGUUUAGAAUGAGGACAUCUCCCUACAACCCUCCUUCGCCUGGUAGAUUGGGCUCAGAGAGACAGAAGGUUAGUCUGCUUCUGCGUUUUUUAUCAUGUCCUUGUCCAGGUAAAGGUCUGCCUCUCUGCUUGCCAAAUACUGAUCGUGAUGUUCCUGACCUAAAGGUUCCGAAGAGCCUUGCCCCCCCUCGGUUUCUUGAGUCAGGGUACAGGAAAGACAUUCACUGACUGACUGCCACGCCAGUGGAAUCCCAUAAAAGCACAAUCUGGUAGCAAAGUGCACAGUUGUCUGUAGAAAGCUAGAGCAGUAAAAGCACAAGAACCGUCAGUGUUCAGCUUUGGGGUUGCAGAAAGGCAAGUGAUGAAGCACAGAUCCCAUAUAUGUGAAGGGAGUAUGACCUCUACCUGAUAGCUCUGUGUGCGUGUUUUGAGUGAUUGAAGAUGAGGUUAAUUAAUGCAAUUAUACACUUGUCUCCUAAAACACACUUUCUGUCUAACGAUCACUAAAUGGAAUGCUGCGGGGUCUAUCGUUCCUGUAACUCCCUUCUCCUCUGCAAGGACAGAGAAGAGUGGCCAUGUGCAGUUUGGAACAUGAGUGCCCCUCUCUUUUCACAAGAGGAGUGAAGUCUAAGAGAUUCCCUGAGGGCACAAAGCAUAUUGAUUCUCAGUGGCCUCUCCAGUGAUUGGAGUGAGGGGGUAUCUAUUAUGGACAGACAAAUUUUUCCUUGAAAAUGUGGCUUCUUCAACUCCUGCCAACUCAAGAUGGAAAGCUUAGUGAAAGAAAGCUAGCCCUUUGGG